AUGGGGACGCUGCCCGCGGCCCCCCGCCUCCUGCUGCUCCUGGCUGGCGCUGCCGGGCUGUGCCGCGCUCGCUUCUCCUUCCCCCUGCGGGUGUCUCCGCCGGCCGCCCCGGGGAACGGCUCCGGGAGCAGCCGCCAGCAGGCCCCCCCCGGCGAGGCGGACGGCUUGGCCUUAGCCUCGGAGCCCGGGGCCGCCGUCAGCUUCUUGGCCAUGGUGGAGAACCUGCAGGGAGACUCCGGCCGGGGCUACUACCUGGAGAUGCUGAUCGGGACCCCGCCGCAGAAGUUAAAUAUUCUGGUUGACACUGGAAGCAGUAAUUUUGCAGUUGCAGGUGCCCCAAACCCUGAUGUAACAUCGUACUUCAAUACAGAGGAGUCAAGUACAUAUAAGUCACAAGACACUGAUGUCACUGUCCGGUAUACACAAGGAAGUUGGACUGGAGUGCUUGGCACUGAUGUCAUUACUAUUCCAAAGGGAAUCAAUGGCACUUACACUAUCAACAUUGCUACCAUUCUGGAAUCGGAGAAUUUCUUUUUACCAGGGGUUAAAUGGCAUGGGAUCCUUGGACUUGCCUAUGAUGCCUUAGCCAAGCCUUCAAGUUCGGUGGAGACAUUCUUUGAUUCCCUUGUGAGUCAAGCAAAGAUUCCCAACAUUUUCUCCCUGCAAAUGUGUGGUGCUGGAAUGCCUGUUUCUGGAAGUGGUACCAACGGAGGUAGUCUUGUCAUGGGUGGAAUUGAACCAAGUUUGUACAAGGGUGAUAUCUGGUACACACCUAUAAAGGAGGAAUGGUAUUACCAGGUUGAAAUUCUCAAACUGGAGGUUGGAGGCCAGAACCUUAACUUGGACUGCAGAGAGUAUAAUGCAGACAAAGCAAUAGUAGACAGUGGCACCACUCUCCUCCGCCUUCCCCAGAAAGUCUUCAAUGCUGUGGUCGAAGCAAUUGUGAGCACAUCUUUGAUCCAAACAUUCUCCUCUGGAUUCUGGACUGGUUCCCAGCUUGCAUGCUGGGAUAAGACUGAAACACCAUGGUCCUUAUUUCCUAAACUUUCUAUCUACCUGAGAGAUGAAAACUCCAGUAGAUCAUUUCGGAUAACUAUCCUACCACAGCUUUAUAUUCAACCCAUCCUUGGGAUUGGACAGAAUUUAGAAUGCUACCGGUUUGGCAUCUCUUCCUCUAGCAGUGCCCUGGUUAUUGGUGCUACAGUUAUGGAGGGCUUCUACGUUAUCUUUGACAGGGCUCAGAAGAGAGUGGGCUUUGCAGUUAGUCCGUGUGCAGAAGUUGGUGGCUCUCCAGUAUCUGAGAUUGAAGGCCCUUUCACAACAGCAGAUAUAGCAAGCAACUGUGUCGCCACAAUGACCUUGCACGAACCGAUGUUGUGGAUUAUCUCCUAUGCUCUCAUGAGUUUAUGUGGAAUCAUCCUCCUUGUUUUGAUAAUCUUACUGCUUCUUCCACCUCGCUUUCAGCAUCGCUUCACUGACGAUGUAAUCAAUGACGAGUCAUCGUUAGUGCGUCAUCGAUGGAAAUGAGGAACUUGAUCAAAGUCAAGGAACCUUGGAUUCUCUUAACACAAUUAAGGAUAAAGUUUCUAACCCCGGAGAGAAAGCCAAGGCCUUGUUCCAUAUACAUUAAUUUCAAAUCACUGUUGUACUGCUGGAUACUCUCCAGGCAUAUUGUAUCAUAACUUUUACGCUUUAUUUUCUAACACUGAUUCUGAAUCAAAACAUUAUAACCACUGUCAAGUGCUACCUUACUGGUUCCGCUCCUCAUUAGCACAGCUGAACGUUUAAGAUCUCAGUAGUGCUUUAAAAAAAACAAAAAAACACAUUGUGAUGUUCUUCCAUCAGAUGCACAAUGUUGCUCAUCCCUUCCUCAAAGAAGAAAAGAACUAUCAAGUUUCUAACAUUAAUCAAGCCUUGAAUAUAGAAAAAGAAAAAAGAUCAUAAGUUUUAUUGAUUUUCUUAUUAAUCCCAUUAAAGAAAUACUAUUUUCUGUUUAAAGCAAUUCAUUUUGAAACAGUGCUCACAGUGUGGGGGAGAAGGAAAGGUGAGUCUUGUGCAGCAGAUGGAAGAAAGUCAAGUCAAGAAGAAAUUUUAUUUUCCAAGAAAAUAAACUGCUGUCAUUUUGAGUGGGUCUCCCUUUGUAGGCAGUCCUUUCUAAAUAGAUUGAAGAGGAAAAAUGGGAAACCAAAACUACUCAGCCUUAGUGUAAAACAAGACUACCUCUGUUAAUUUAUAAGGAUACUUACUCUUGGUAAGUGUGGCGCACAUAACUGUUCUUAAACUACAAGAAAUCCUGUACCACAAGAUGCAUUUUCUUGACUCUCAAGUAGUUAUUGCUUAAUCCUCCUUUUGUAAAAUAGUUUUUCACUUAAACACAUUAAGGUAUGUCAGCUUAGCUCUGGUAUGUCCAUCUUGGUGAAAAAUAUAUUAUGUUACACAGAGUGGUUGGAACGCUAGGUAAGAGACUGAAAAGUACUGGUCCAGUAAUCCUAAAAAGAAUAUUUAAAAAUAAAAAAACAUUCUGGACCAGAUUAUUAUCUCAGUUGUACAAGUAUAAAUCUGGAGUUUAACUGAGAUCAGAAUGUGACCCUUUCUUUAAAUAUUGAUGAGUAUUUUCUUAUAGCUAGUAAGCCAGUGUUGCAGUUGCUCAACCUUGGUUUCCUUCGUAAAGUUCUUGCACAGUCACUGUGUGUGUGUGUGCGUGUGCGUGCGUGCAUGUGUGUGACGGUGGGGGAAGGGAGGGAGACACAAUGCUAGGCUCAGAAAUUAAAUUAUAAUUACACUUUUUAAACACCACCUACAUUUUGCAUCCUGGCUAAAAGUGCCUUUUAAGGUGUCUUAUUUACAGUUUCAGAUUGCUGGGUUGGCUGAGGAAAUAGCUGGAGUUUUGUUUUUACAUCUGAAAAUGCUUUUCUUGGAACUAUGAGUAGGAAACUUCUGCAUAUAGCUUGUCUUGUUUUGUUUUUCUCCUGGCCUUAUAAAAAAAACUAUACUAAGAAAUGUAAAGAUUUGCAUAGCAAGAAUGAGAAAAAUGUGUUACAAUUAGGCUUAUUUUCAUAGAUUUUUAUCCCCAUGAUAUUUAUCUCUAUAAAUCCACCCAGCUUCUCUUUUUAUAUUGUUAAAAAAUUAGACUCUUUUCCUUUUGUCAGUUCUAAUAUGAAGAUGACUAAAAUUGUGCUAAGAAAGCACUAUCUUUGAUUCCUCACGUGAGCUGGGUGACUAAGUUUCUUUUUCUUUCACAUAUGACAUUUCCGUUCAAUAGUGCACUUUCAGAUAGUUUGGAUUAUUUUUUCUUUGCACAAAAGGAGAAUAAAAUGCAAUGCACUUGAUUUUCUGAAGUCCUGAGCUCCCACAGCUCCUGUUGAUUUCACCUGGCAUUGGGGCGCUCAGCACUUUUAAAAAAUUAGGCCCUGUGUUUCUUCAUAAUUGAAUUGUUAUACUGUUGAAACAAAUUUGCAUUAGGAGCAUUGAGUUGAAAUAUAAAAAGAAAGUUCCUUUUCUGAGUUUUACCCAAAGUUUUUGCUUUGGAAUGAAUGGUGUUUCUAGUUCUUCAAUCCAGCGCCAUUUAGUCCUCCUGGGUUUGACUUGGCACAUAGGAAUGUGACUGAAAAUAUCUUUUUGUGUUUUGUUAAGGAAAUAUAUUUAAUACUCUUGUCAUAUUUUGUUUUAAACUAAAAUAUUUUGACUUUUUGUACAGAGUUUGGAUUAAUAGUGCAAGGGAGAAUGGAACCAUUUUUAUUACUUUUGAAGGGGGAAAACUGCAUACCCUUGAAAUAUUUUCAUGUUAGUUUUCUGAUUACUGAAAAGGAUCUUAAGAAGCAAAUUAUUGGACAACAUUCUUGGUAUGCUUUGUAUUAACAAGUUAGCUCUCUCCAGGGUAGUUCAAUAAAGUGUUUUUAAUGCACUGUAUUUCAUAUAAAAGCCCUUCAGUUUGUUUCAUUUUAAAUCUCAUCAGUCAAGACAUUUUAAUAGAAAUACUUGAAUUACCGUAUAUACUCGAUCAUAAGCCGGUUUGUUUAUAAACUGACACUCCACCCCAAAAAGAUGGAUAAGUAAAAAUGGAAAAUUGUUAUGACCCAUUCAUGAGCCAAUCCUCUAAUUCAGGGGUCAGCAAACUUUGGCUCCUGGGCCAUCAGGAUAAGCUGCUGCGGGGCUGAGACUGGUUGUUUUCCUUGAGGGUCCGCAGGCAUGUAGUUAAACCUAAGUAAACAAAGUAUCCCAGCGCACCAGCCGCUUACCCUGACGGGCCGGGACAGCAACUGGUGGGGAAAUUUUUUGCGGGAGGAGAAGCUGGGGGUAAGGGGACCAUCCCCCACAUGCCCCCACCCCUAGCCUGGGACCCCCAGACUCCCCAUCCCAUCCCAUCCCUUCCCACCUUACCUAGGGUGGGCCAGGGGAGGAUAUCUCUGGCACGGCCACAGCCUGCCAGCCCCGGAGCUGCAGCUGCUUUGGAGGCUCGGGGGAGAGCAGCGUGGCCAGAAGCAGAGAGACUUUGGCCCUGCCUCUUCCCUUCUGGCUCUGCUGGCUGUGCUGCCUCUCCUUCUCCCUCUGUUGAGGCGGGUGGGGGGGCUGUAUCUCAUCUCUCCCCCUCUCUAUACCUGUUCAUAAGCCGGCCCCCUUCUUUGAUGGCUUCCCUUUUUUACUAAAAAAAAAAAAAAAAAUUGGCUUAUGAACAAGUAUAUAUGAUACAUAAGCAAUAAUCCAGUAACAGAAAUUAAGUAGAUGGUAAUACAGUGUGAGUUUUCAUGGCAUCCCUUGCCACUGAAAAUCUGGCUUAUAGUUAAAAUGCUAUUAGUUACAUCCGCUAGCUACACAAACUUCAUCUCAGCUACUAAAUUGAUACUUACAGUGGCAGAUAUUCAGGUGUGUAUUUCUUUGUUGCUCUGGCAACAGGAAAAGCAAUGGGAACUGUUACAGGUUUCAAUUGUUAGCCAGCAGCACAUUAAGAAAAUAGUGCACUUGAGCAUUUUUCUAUGAAAGAUGAAACUCAAUGAUGAACUAGAAUCUUACAAAGUAUUUCUUCUUUAGGAGGAUUUUUUGUUUCCAAUUUUGAAAUAGUGCUAUAAGGUAUUUGAUACUCCUAUGGAUAUCCCUGAAAUAAACCAACAGAUUUUUAAACCAUGCCUUCAAAAAACAAGGUUAUAGGGGAAAAAUAGGUAUUGAUUUCCAAGACAAUUUGUCACUUUUUAAAAAAAAACAAAUGUACCCCCAAAUGAUGGGGUUAUAGACCAAUAUAUCCCAAUGCUAAUAUAACCAUCAUAGUUUCUGAUGCAAUGCAUUCCCAAUUUUAAAAUAACAUUUAUUUACCAGGCAAAUUGGGAAGGUCAUAGUUCAUUGCAUACAGCUGCUUCAAUCAUUAAUAAUAUUUAGCUGUUUCCUAAUGAAUUACAUGUGCGAUUGAUUUCACUUCAUGCAGGAUUUGGAGCUGCAGCAAGGGAAAACAACAAUUCUGUCUUCACUGUUCUGUUGCUCCAAGUUCAAUUUCAGGGAUCUUAUUUUGGGCUCCCUUGCUCAACUCAGGCAGUGACGAGAACAAAUAAAUAUGACUUUGAAAGCAUUUAUUUGUAAUGAAGUUGAGCUGAACAUUAAUUAAAUAGCCUACACUUAGCAUCCUUCUGCUACAGAGAUUGAAUUUACUUACAUCACACUGAUAUUAGGCAUUAACAUUCUACUUCUGAGCUUUGCCUUUGUGUAGAUUAAUAGAUAGUAAAUCACAGACUCCUCAGAAUUAAGAAUCUGUAUGUCUUUUUUAAGAAAGAAACACUAACCUCUUAACAAUAUUCUUAUCUGUAUUAGUUGAAAGCAAGUAAUUUGAGUUUCAGAGGGGUAGCCGUGUUAGUCUGGAUCUGUAAAAGCAGCAGAGAGUCCUGUGGCACCUUAUAAACUGACAGACAUAUUGGAACAUGAGCUUUCAGGGGUGAAUACUCACUUCAUCGUAUUCACCCACGAGAGCUCAUGCUCCAAUACAUCUGUCAGUCUAUAAGGUGCCACAGGACUCUUUGCAGUAAUUGAGUAGAAUCCUAAGGUGUUUUUUUAUAAGAGUGGAAGUCUUACUUGGUAUUGAUUGUUUUGGUAGUAGGUAGUUUGUAUGGUCUGUAUAUGAAAAUCCCUGGAGCAACUAUUCCAACACAUAGCAAUUCUACGUAGAAUUUGCUAAAUACAAGUGACUAGAUUCUAUGGCUCAGAGGUACUCCAGAAUGAUUGUUCCAUUGAAGUGAUUAUUGACUUCUUUAAUGGUCCCAAGACUAGUCUUCCAAUUCUGACAUCAAAUUUGCCAGCAUGAAGAAGCUUGGAAAGGUAACUUAUAGAAAUGAGUGUGAAAGUAAAUGAAAUACGUAUAAAUCAGAAAAGUAAGCUGCCUAUAAUUUGUAAUUGGUUUCUAUUGUAAAACAGUUUAAAAUCUACAAAAUUGGCAUUCUUUAAAUGAAUUUCAGGUAACAAUUUGCCAAAAUAUUACAAUUGAUUGUAGACUAGUAUAUGCCUCGUAUAGGUUCAAGUUAUGUCAGAUGCUACUCCCUGACUCUUGCAAACACUGGUUUUGUAACCGUUGACAUUCUUGCUGCUGUUUGACUAUGAUAAGUGAGCUAGUUUGUAUCCCAUUACCAUCCUCUCAUCUCUUGAGCUGCUCUGUUGCUACUGGCACUAAGAGGCAGAGAGGCUAAGGAUUAGCUGAAAUGGAUCAGUUUUGUAAAAUAGUAUGGGAAGAGACUGUACUCUGCGCCUACUAAAAGAUGGAUCCUGGCUGAAGCAUGUUUGUUGGCAGGGCAGAAUAGAAAAGCUUGCAUUGCUGCUGCUUUUGCUUUACCUCUGCCGUGGAUACUUAGAUCUUAGUUCACAGUGAGAAUUCACUUGUAGGUAUGUUUUUAAAAAAUAAGACCAUCUCCUGUUGUUCACACCAGAGUGGACGCAUAGUUCUUAUUAACAAGUGUAAUAAUUCCAAACUGGAAUCUCAAAGCAUCCACUACAUAGUUUUUCAUACGUUGUGUAAUGAUUGCAGAUUAACCAUGUUUUUCUGCAUUGCUGAUAGCCUAUUUGCUGGCAAAUGAAACUAGGUUCUUUUAUAUAUAUUUUUUUAAAUAUAUUAAAUAUUAGUUACUACUUGCAUAGCUUCACAAAUAUUUAAUUUUUUUUUCAUCGUUAAUUCAGCAUGGUUGGCUCUCCAGUGUUAGCCAGAUAGUUUAUAUGCUGGCAAAAAACGCAGACAGGAUACGUUUUCAGCCAACAAAAGGUUAAAUGUAGAAAGUAACUCUAACUUUCCAAAUGAACAUAACUUUCAGUUAAAUGUUUAAUGUCUUAUUUAAAAUUAAGUGAUCAUUGUCAUCAGAAUUUAACUGUGAAUUUGACUCUAGUUUGUAUAUUAUGAGCAAAAUAGGGAAAACACUUCUGACACAACUUAUUCUUUCCCUUUUGGAAUAAAACUGAACAAGUGACCAAAGAAUUAAAUUAUGGCUGUCAUCACACCAACUAAUAAUGGUAGCUAAAAUAAUGUUUCUAAACUUUAGUGUCAAAAUAUUAUCUACGUGUACGUCUUCUCUCUCACCACUUGGGAAAUGCUGGGGGCGGGAGGGGUUGGGGGAAGGAAGAAAUUCUAAAGGAGGUGACAUCAGGUAAUAAUUGCAAGCAGGGCCAGCUCCAGGGCACAGCACGCCAAGCACAUGCUUGGGGCAGCACGCCGCGGGGGGCACUCUGCCGGUUGCCGGGAGGGCGGCAGGUAGCUCCGGUGGACCUCCCGCAGGCAUGGCUGCGGAGGGUCCGCUGGUCCCGCGGCUCCGGUGGAGCAUCCGCAGGCACUCCUGCAGGAGGUCCACCAGAGCCGUGGGACCAGCGGACCCUCUGCAGCCACGUCUGCGGGAGAUCCACCGGAGCCGCGGGACCGGCGAGCGGCAGAGCGCCCCCUGCGGCGUGCCGCUGUGCUUGAGGCAGCGAAAUGGCUAGAGCCAGCUCCGAUUGCAAGAAAGUCAGCAAUAAGUCAGGACCAACUCUUAAGCUAGCAUUUGUCAAACACGGCCACCAGGGGCUUUUCUUGCAGCCACAGCCUCCUGGGUGGUGACGGGGGAUUGGGGGAAGUAGCGGCCCCUCCUCUGGGGCUGCCAGGAGGAGUUGGGCCUUGCCUCUCUCCUCCUCGUCGUCCACAAACACCGGAGGAGCAGACAGCUGGUGUGAGUUCCCCAUCAACAGUCAAAACAUGUUACUCUAAUGCCUCAUCUGAAGUGUGCAUAACUGGCCAAAAGAGAAUGAGUCUGAGUGACUUUAAGAAUUUGACUUCUGUAAUGUGUCUCAUCUGGAAGGAAAAACAUAAAUGAGCAAAUCAUGUUUUAAGUUGCCUUGCAAUUUAAGAGAAAAUCCAUAUAUAAAUUUCUAAAACUGAAUACAUUUCGUUCCACAUGAUACACCAGAUGGAAUUUUCACUUAAGAAAAUGAUUCCAUUUACUGGAGAAAUUUCUCCACCUGAGGAUUCAAUUUUAUUUUAAUGGUUCAGAGUUGAAUGUUAAUUAAAGGAAGAUGGGGCCAAAAUCUUGAGGAAAGGGGGAUGCUACAUUUAUAAAGCCAGUCUUCACCUGCUGUGCAAUGUUGUUCCCAAUGACUGCUAAGCAUCAUUAUUGGAUUUUCUAAAGGUUGGUAUUUUUGUACAAGUUCCACUGUUCUUCAAUGUGUGCUAUAUAAAAAAUUAAAAUUUCUGCUUGUUUAAAUAAAUGAAUAAUUGUU